AAAGCCGUUUUGCAUGACCUCACGACUGCUAGAUCCGACCCAUCCAACAGUAAAAAUGUUCAGACACCAAUUCGCUCUGGUGGUUGAGAUAGUUCGAUUGUGUUGAGGACCAAUUGGGUUGCUAAACCUUUUACCAUCCACGAUCUGUUCGAUCGGGUUAUAUAUAUCGUCGAUAUGCCUCUCUAUCGGGCUGCAUUACGCCGUGCACCUCUCACUUGUCGUUCUCUUGCGUCGAAAAGUCUACUCACACGCCAAUCAAUUCGAUACGCGAGCUCGCAGGGACCAGGACCACGCGGAGGUGCCGGCAGGUUUGUGGGAGGAUUCGCAGCUGCUUUGGUAGCCGCAACCGCCGUCUUCAUCAUCUACCCAUUCUACGUCACAGAACCCGCCAAACCGGCGCAGGCAACCAUCAGCUACGAGAAACCUAGACCCGUUCCCGAAUCGAAAGAAGACAACCGUGACUUGAUUAGUAGUCAACACCGUCAGGUAAAGAAGAGCUGGGAGAAACCUGGCCUGUACGCCUGGGGAUCAAAUGGCGGGAGAGUUGCCGCACCGAACUCAACAGAGAAUGUCAUCAAAACACCCAGGCGCAUACCAUUUUUUGAUGGACAAUUAUUGAGGGACGUGAAGCUUGACCGCGAAUUUGGUGCCGCGCUCAUGGAGAACGGCGACCUUGUACAAUGGGGCACGGGGUUUUCCUUGGUCGAUCCCAAGCCCACAACGACGCUGAAGGGCAAAGACCUGAUCAAGCUUGCUGUAUCGUGCGAUAGAGUGCUUGCUCUUGGAAAAAAUGGCACUGUUUACUCCAUCCCAGCUUCAAGUACCGAUCAAGCCGCAAGCACCAGAACUGAGUCAUCUUCGUGGUUUGGCCUGUGGUCCUCACCAUCCACUGCCUCAUACCGCAAAUUGGGCAUCCCGUCUUUAAGCUGGGGUGAAAGGGUUAUGGAUAUAACCUCGGGCCUCGAACAUGCUCUUAUAGUCACCAACCGUGGCCGAGUAUUUGCCGCUGCGUCGAGUGCCUCCGCGUUUCCCUCUAGAGGUCAGCUCGGCGUGCCGGGACUGACUUGGGAAACGCGACCGAAGGGACCUUUCGAUCAGCCACAUGAAAUUCUUGCAUUAAAGGGCUUCAAUAUCGUAAAGGUUGCCGCAGGGGAUUACCACUCGCUCGCUUUGGACAAGGAUGGCCGAGUGUUUGUCUUCGGAGACAACACAUCUGGCCAGUUGGGUUUCGAAAAAGAGAAUGAGAUACCCUACAUCGACGCUCCAAUUCCGUUGCCAUUCAAUAAGAUUUACAGUGGGACUAAACAGAAACCUACAGUGACUUCAAUUGCGGCAGGUGGAGCAAACUCGUUCUUCACCGUCGAUGCUACCCGCAUUGCCGGGCAGAUUGGGUCAAACCAGGCCCAGGAUGUAGCCCCUACUAGGGAUAUUGGCCGAGUCACCGCUGACGUGUGGGCUUGCGGUGCAGGUAUCUAUGGCAGUCUUGGCAACGGCAAAUGGACACACGUUACGUUGGGUCCGACAAAGAUCAAGCCGCUCUCCGGCUUGUAUGAAUGGGAUGAGAAGUCAAACUCAGUCAUUCCUAUCCGACUGGCGCGCCUCAGUGUUGGGGCUACGCACGCUUCAGCUGUGAUGGAUAACGUCACAUACGUUAACGCAUCGGCCAAGUCGUCAGAUAACGACACGAACUGGGGAGCGGAUAUUGUUUGGUGGGGUGGCAACGAAUUCUACCAACUCGGCACGGGUAAACGGAAUAACGUUAACGUGCCUAUGUACAUCAGUCCGCUAGACGGUGGACAGGUCGAGGUGGAGAAAGGCCGCAAGGGCGAGCAGCAUCGAUUCCAGAUCACGCCCAGGACUACCGUGAGGUUAGGAGAAGGUGGUAAGGGCCGGAAGGUCAGUGUGGAGCAGAGAGUGGAAUGUGGGCGGUUCGUCACGGCAGUCUACUCGGGUACGUGAGAUUUUGAGGUCUAGACGGAUAAAGCCUUCGUCUGAGACGUGCAUACAGGAGCAUGUUUUUAUUUGUAUUAUUACAAUGUGUAAAGGAAUCGAACGGCGUUGUAGUUUGGCAGAGCUAGGAGGUUUGAGUCAUUAUGGAUUCACAUAGGGGUUCGCUCUACUUUGCUCUUAUAUAUAAUGACGCCAAUAACUUCUUUAUCCACAUAUUUAUACAC